AAAAGAAAGAAAGAAACGUCUUCUAAGUCAGAGAAGAGGCUGAAAACAGCGGCCAAACCUUCAAAGGUGACAGAAAAACCCCCAGGACAAGGCAGUGAAGAGGAGGGCAUGUUCCAGAUUGGGAAGAUGCGUUAUGUCAGAGUGUCCUGCUUCAAGGGGAAGGCCCUCGUUGACAUCAGGGAGUUCUGCGUUGACAAGGAGGGCGGCACGAAACCGGGGAGGAAAGGGAUUGCCCUGUCUGCAGAACAGUGGAACCAGCUGAAGGAUAUAAUUCCUGAGAUCGAUGGUGCA